AUGCUCCAAAAUACCCGUGGGCGGACUGUCUUUGCCUUCCAGCCCAAGCGGCUUCCGAAGGAUGUGGACAGGCUAACCUUCUUCAAGGGCUCCAUCGUCCGGAAGAAGUCGCUAGGUCCCGCUGGCGCCGAGGACGGUGAUGCACAAAAGGUGGACAGUGAGAGAUUCGAGCCUCCACCACGAUCUGCAGAGGCAGCACUGUCGCGCUCGGCAUCUGUCAACGACCUGAGGUGUCGGGUUCAGCGGCAGCGGUCCUCGGAGCCCGCAACAGAGAGAAGCGAAUCUUCGAGACUGCACUGCGCAGCCUCCAGACCGCUUUCGGCCCGGUUGGCGGAGGCUCCACCUCCGCUUCCUGCGUUUCCUGGCAGCUGGAAGUCCGAGGACUCGACUGUACCCGCAGCAAGAAAGGUCCGAGCAGUCAGCGGUGCAAAGCCGCCUGGUUCCGCAAAAGAAGGUGCAUCAGCGGAAGAGUCAGGAAGUCCUGCAGGGAAGAGUGCGAUGACUCGAUCUCCUUCGAUGCCUUUGCCCAAGAGGCCAACUGUUCCCUGCGAGAAGCGGAGACCCAGGCCUCGGACCGCAGGCGGAGAGGAGGCGCCCGCCGGGCCUCCCAAGAAGACGCCGCUUCAGAUCACGGCACGGCUAACACCCCUGGCUGGGAAGUUUCUCCACAUACUGAGCAUGUAG